CAUCGCACAGAAAGCAUCGGUUGACUAACAUAGUGACCUUUUGGCCACAGAAUACAUCAUCUACAAUAAUGACUGUGAAAUAGAAGGGGAACCAUCUUCUGGGACAGAACAGGGGAGAGAGAGAAGACUACAUCUUAGGAACACUUUUUUCUCUUUGCCAUGUCUGUAUGUCUGUGCUUUGCCAUAUUUGUGCUAUUCUGCUCUUUGAAAGUGUACCAUAUAUGGUAUACCAUUGUAAGGUGUUAUAAGGCACAAGCAGUUUAAUACGAGUUUAUUAACAAAUUAAACCAUUGUAUCUGAACAAGAGCUCUUUAUAGUGAACGCCACAGAUCACGGGUACGAACUGAACAGUUCCACAAUAGUCGUGAUUAAAAGCACAGACUUGCAAGAUCCUCCUUCUCUUCCUCCUCUAAUUACGUCUGGAUCGUUGAUCUGCACUGGGGAAUAUCCUGUAAAUUCAGCAAGACGGAGCUUUUGCAACUUUUACUCGUAGAGUUUACUAUAGGGCUGAUAUGGACUUGCACCCUCCAAGCAAAGGGAAUGCUCGUUUAUACGCGUGAAACAGGGGCUCGGGUCCUGCUGACACAGCAGCGCUUCUUGUUUGGGACAGUUUGGUAACUUUAAAAGUUGAGUUGGGGGGGAAAUAGUUAUUGGAUUUGGAGGCUUCAGUCAGGGUUUCCAUUUGUGUAUAUAGAAGAAAGAAAGUGCGCGCCUGCUCGAGCUACUGAAAUCAUGCUCCUUCAGAUCUUUUUCAUGUGAGAGCACGUUAUGAAACGUGUUGGAGACACAGAUGUAUGUAUUUUAAAAAUAGUUUUAUUUUCCAAAAGUGGGGGCAACAUAUUAUGUUGAAUUAAAUAGUUUUCAAAAUUGUUAUGUAACCAGCAGACUCGCGGCGUGCUUUUGUUUUGUGCUAUGCUUCAAGAAUGCUUCCUAGAAAGAGCAUCAUUCCGGAGGAGUUUGUGCUGCCGGUGAUCACCCCGGGGUUGGUCCGCAAACCCCGCUUCAGAGACCGGCCGGAGAAAGCUCGCUUCAUCACCAAGAGCGGAGCCUGCAACCUGGCGCACAAAAACAUCCGUGAGCAGGGCAGGUUCCUCCAGGACGUGUUCACCACGCUGGUGGACUUGAAGUGGCGGUACACGCUGGUCGUCUUCACCAUGUCCUUCCUCUGCAGCUGGCUCCUCUUCGCAAUGGUCUGGUGGCUGGUCGCUUUUGGGCACGGAGAUCUGAACCCCAAUCGGGUGGAGAUUGAACCAUGUGUAACCAAUGUCAAGUCCUUCACUUCAGCUUUCCUCUUCUCCAUUGAGGUGCAGGUGACCAUCGGCUUCGGGGGCCGGAUGAUGACGGAGCAGUGCCCCACGGCAAUCACAGUCCUGAUCGUGCAGAACAUCGCGGGGCUCAUCAUCAAUGCCGUCAUGCUGGGCUGCAUCUUCAUGAAGACGGCCCAGGCGCAUAGGAGGGCCGAGACCCUGAUCUUCAGCCGGCACGCCGUCAUCGCCGUGAGGAACAACAAGCUGUGCUUCAUGUUCCGCGUGGGCGACCUGCGCAAGAGCAUGAUCAUCGGGGCAGCCGUGCGCAUGCAGGUGGUGAAGAAGACCACCACACCGGAGGGGGAGGUCAUCCCCAUUCACCAAAUCGACAUCCACACCGAGAAUCCCAUUGAGUGCAGCAACAUCUUCUUAGUGGCUCCGCUGAUCAUCUCCCACACCAUCGACAAGACCAGCCCCCUCUAUGACCUGUCCUUCAAUGACCUGCUGCACAACGACCUGGAGAUCAUUGUCAUCCUGGAAGGAGUGGUGGAGACCACGGGCAUCACCACCCAGGCCAGGACCUCCUACAUGCCUGAAGAGAUCCAGUGGGGCCAUCGCUUCGUGCCCAUCGUCACCGAGGAGGAUGGCGUCUACUCCGUGGACUACUCCAAGUUUGGGAACACCUCCAAAGUGGCGGCGCCUCGCUGCAGUGCCAGAGAGCUGGAUGAGAAGCCGUCCAUUCUCAUCCAGGCCCUGCAGAAGAGCGAGCUCUCCCACCAGAACUCGCUGAGGAAGAGGAACAACUCCAUGAGACGGAACAACUCCAUGAGACGGAACAACUCCAUGAGACGGAACAACUCCUCUUUGAUGGUGUCCAAGGUGCAGUUCUUAACCCCUGAUGGCAACCAGAACACGCCCGAAACAUGACACAUUGUGACACCCUGUUUCCUGGCAUGUGUCAUGACUUUGAGAUAUCUCAGAACUUCACUCUUCUUAAUGGUUCCGGUACUUGGAGGAUUUCUGUGUCUUUGCCAGCAUGUUGGAUGUUUUCACACCGUGGGCCCUCUUCACAGACCUUCAGCUCCCACUCGAUUGAACAGACGGAUCCUCUUCACAAAGCUUUAACUCAAGUGGCUGGGUUCCAAAGCUAUGUACUUCAAAUUGUCAGUAGCACAGCUUUUUUGCGAAUGGAAACUGUAUUUUAUUCAGAAAAACAGAUUUUGAAAAAUAAGGUCUAGAUUCUCAAAGCUAUUUACUCCAAGUCAUUAGCAGCUUAUUUUUUUCUGAAAGAACACAGCCUCGAGCCUGUUAACAAACCCAUCAUUUAAAUGUCUGAGGUGUUUAUUUCUGGUUUGGUGACUUUGUUACGUGUUUUUUUUUCCCUUUCUAAAUAAAGCAAGCUAAUGCUGAUUUGGAGUAAAGAGCUUUGAGAAUCGAGUCCCAAAUAGCUCCUGAGUUAAGGCUGUGUGAAUGAGGCAGGCAGUGAUUAAAAGAGUCUUUUAAACAUCCUCAGAGAUUAGAGAGUACUUUGAAAAAACACUCUUUAGAAACAGUGGGGAAUGGUUUCAUGAUUCUUUCAUUAAUAAACUGCCUUUCAAUAAAGCUAGAACAAAGGUUUAGUGAAUAGGUCCCUCUAUCACAUAGAUAUGCUCUUACCAUUAAACAACAGUAUUUAUUGUCUAGGAUCUGAAGCAAUUUUUGUGCUUAAUAUUUGUGUUCUAUAUAUGUGUCCAAUUUACUGUAUUUUGGAAUCUGACGUUUACUAGUUCCCAUUUGUAUGUGACGUGCAUUCUUCUCAUAUACUUAUCACUCAUUACUUUGCAAACUCAGUCAUAUGAUAUAUAGUAGUACUAAAGAUAAAGCAUUUUCUCAAUGAGUACCUUAGUUUUACUAAGCUUCUUUUUAGUACUCUACACAUAUAACAAUCAAUCAAAUUCCUCUUAACCAUCUGCACCCAAAGCUAUCAUGCAGUCAGCAAACAAAACAAGUGUAAGAGGGGAAGCAGCAGAGGGGUACGGCACUGCACAAUACAAACUGCCAUUAUACCUAUCUGAGAGUCGUGAGCAGUAUGGAAAUUACUUGUAUAACUGUUACCACUCUGUAAUCUGUAACGCAACACUGAAAAUGUUAUAUGACUGAGUACCUUACAGUGCAUCUGGUUUUUGUUAUGUUGCAGCAAAUAAUAUUCUACUUCUACACGCAAUAGCUUGCGCACUGCACAUUAUUUCUACAUCUUACCACAUGUGCAGGCCUGAGAAAGUGAGUCUAUUAAUAUCAGAAGCUACAUUGCUGUGUCCAAAUAUCUUACAGGCUGUUAAUGUUAGAGAUACUUUCCAGCAAGCUGGGAGCUGCUUUACUUUGUUUACAAACUAGGUUACACUAGGUUUAGUGAUAGAGCAUGUAAUUACGACUGGCACUAAGCACAAAGAUCCUAUAAACUGUUUGACAAGUGUUAUAUAAAUAUGCAUGAAUCACAUCUUGUUUUACUUGUUUGAGUUUUUAUUCAAUUAAACAGUGAAAGGUGGGAUAUCAUUUUGGGAGUAAUAACCCAGGCUUGAAGCUUCAAACAGCUUUCAUGCAAGUCCUUUAUUGCAGGGUUAGAAGCUCACUCGAGCCCAGCAGAAUUCCCGUUUAGGUAUAUUAUUGAAAUGACUAAGUGCUAGCAAUCAGGCUCCUGCUAAAUCUACUCCAGCCUCCUGAUCACAGAAAAUAUAUACUUUAUUGAACAGGGGUCUGAUUGCACAAACUCCAGCCUCCUGAUCACAGAAAAUAUAUACUUUAUUGAACAGGGGUCUGAUUGCACAAACUCCAGCUUCCUGAUCACUGAAAAUAUAUACUUUAUUGAGGAUGAUUCUGAAACUGGGUGCAGUGGGGCUAGUGUGACUUUCUAACCCUGCUCAAACUCCUGGUUCCUGAUCAUUUCAAUAAUAACAGAUUUCAUUGAGGAUGGUUCUAAAACCCAGCACAGGAUGCAGCAGGGCUAGUGUGAAUUUGUAACCCUGUUCAAACUCCUGGCUCCUGAUCAUUUUAAUACAAACAGACUUCACUGAGGGGGGCUCUGAAACCCAGGACAGGAUGCAGCAGGGCUGGUGUGAAUUUCUAGCCCUUCCUUAUUUUUUGUCGGUAAAUUGCUUAUCCACAUUG